AUGUCAAGCUCAGAUUGUUUCGAUAUCGAUCAAUGUCAGGCCGCCAUAGAAGGCAGACAAGUCCCAGAAACGCUUGAGUCGACUUGGCAUCGCCGCGCGACAAUCCGUGGGAUCCGCUCGUCUCUGGAAUUCGCAACAAGUCCGUCAGUCACCGCCCUGUGCUCUGGCAAUGAAGACCAAGGUGCAGCAUUCUGUCGAGCUCGCAAUGCAAUGCUUAUCAUGAGUAACAUGAUCCCGAAUCUUGAAAACCCAUCUCAUCAACCAUAUUGUAUCUGGUACCCGGGAUUCGCGCGAGAGGACACCUAUCGCGAAAUCGCUCGCCGAUAUCCAUCUAUGCGUUAUCAGGUUGGCCGAUCCUGCGCGGCAGCAGGGUACACAACCCUUUACAAAGAGUUAGAUCUUCUACCUGAUGUUUCUAUCGCCGAGGAAUCCCCGAGAGAGCGGACAAGAUUCUGA